AUGGCAGGAUAUCAGCUCUGGUCACCAUGGACCCCACUGGAUGAGAGUUUCCAGUGGCUUCGACAUACAACACCUACCCCUUCUUCCAAGCACCCCUUUAGGGCCUCUCACUGCUUCCCACACACUCCUUCAGACCUGGAAGUGCAGCUUUGCUUCCAAGAGGUCACCCUCGUCCUAGACAGCCCCUUUCUAGAACCCGGGGUGAGCCCCAAAUUGCCCUGUCACACAUCAGAGCUCCGAACAAUGAACAGUAAGAAAGGUCUCGUCAGGAAGCCUCAGCCUGUCCGCCUCAGUGGAGUGGACUCUGUCUUUGGCAGGAUCAUCACGGCUCAGCCCCCAAAGUGGACGGGGACAUUUCGAGUUUCAGACAAAUCAGCAUUUUGCAAAAUCAUCAGUCGGGAGCAUCAGUGGCCCACUGGACUAAAGGAGCCUCAAAUCCAAAUGACAGUGACUAUGUGUAAGCAGAUGCUGCGGUCUAUCCUGUUACUGUAUGCAACUUACAAGAAGUGUACUUUUGCCUUGCAACACUCCAAGUAAAACCCCUCCCUGGUUUGCAGU